CCUCGAUGACAAAGCGGUACUCGCAUUAGAUGCAGUUAGUCGCGACCUUCAACCGGUUUAUUGAUCAUGACCGAAUGGUGGCAUUGGAUGCGUGCACACUUCUGGCUCGAUCAGGGUGUACCCUCGGUAGCGGUGAAAUUCCCUUUCGGCAACAUUCAACACUCGUCCCAUCUGAUGCUCGAUCUUUACCGGAAGCUAAAGGGAAGAGCGCCAUUCGGCGGGAUCUUUCAGUUCGUCGUGCCCGUUGCAUUCGUGAGUGAUCCAGAAAUGAUCCAAAACGUGUUGGUGCGACACUACCGUCACUUCGCCGAUCGGGGAGGAUAUAGCAACGCAAAACACGAACCCCUCAGUGGACACAUGCUCAACGCGGAAGCUCACCGUUGGACAUUGUUACGCCGUGCAGCCAUCCCAGCCUUCUCAUCCGGUAGAUUGAAGGCCUUCUAUCCAGCGAUGGUGCAGUUGGUGGAUCAAUUAAUCGAGGGUUUGCAUAAGAAACUGUCCCCCCGCGUAGAGUGCAUCAUCGAAUGCCAGGAAGAACUCGGACGGCUGACGACCGACGUUAUUGCAUCUUUUUUGCUCGGUAUCGACGGUAAAAGCCUUUCGCAGACCGACGGUGGUUUAUACGAUCGUGUUAACGGCAAAACGUUUCUCAUUCCUCCCGUUUGGAAACUGUUUUUGAUGACUUCAUUUCGAACGAUUGCACAGGCGCUCCGGGUAAAGAUAUUCUCGCACGACAUUACCGUACUGUUUCAACGGAUGGCACGCGAUGUUAUAGCAGCUCGUGCGAACUCCAACGAGCAGAGAAAGGAUCUCUUGCAACGGUUCUUACAGUUGCCCAAAGAAAAUGGCAAACCAUUACUCACGGAGGAUGAGAUCGCUGCAGAAGUGCUGUUGUUCUUUGCUGCCGGCCAUGAAUCCACAUCCCUGAUGGUAUGCUAUUGUCUCGAUCAACUGGCACGUAAUCCUGAGCUACAAGAGCGUGCACGAGAUUGUGCGCUUGAAGCAUUCGCUAAGCACGGUGACUUGAACUACGAAGCACUACAAGACAUGCAGUAUAUUGAUCAGUGUUUAGCUGAAACGUGUCGAAUGCGACCUCCAGGCAUUAACACGAUUCGUGUCGUAACGGAAGACUACCAGGUGCCCGGUUCGUCCAUCGUACUGCGGAAAGGACAGAAUAUUAUUAUUCCUGUGUACGCCAUUCACUAUGAUCCCGAAUACUAUCCGAAACCGGAGCGUUACGAUCCCGAUCGGUUCACGCCCGAGGCCUGCCGAGCUCGCAUCCCCUUCACGUAUAUGCCCUUCGGUGAGGGACCAAAGAUGUGCAUUGCCUAUCGGCUGGCUAAGCUACAGAUGCGCAUCGUCUUGGCCAAGCUACUGUGCAGCUACCGGUUUCAUCCGUGCGAUAAAGCAGCCGAAUCACGACAAUCGGCAACGUACACUGUCCUGAAAUCGAACAAGGGCCUGUACCUUAAGAUGAGCCGAAUCGUCAAAUAA